CGCUUAAGGACUGCUCUGGUAGAAUGAGUAACCUACGAAGUUGGACUCCCUCGGUGGCUGAUUCGGAGUCGACUCAACCAAUGGUCCAACAAGCGCCGAGUAUCCCCAAGGCGGCAGUACCUUCUCCCAACUUCACCGACGUUGUUCUAUCCGAUGGAGCGCAAACUCCAGAGCGUCGCGAUAAAUCUCCCACUUUGAAAUCAGCCACUGUGUCCCGCUCACCGGUUGUUGAUGACUUACGUUGCGCCAACUUACCUCGGGGUUAUCAGCUUGACACCUCCAAAGAGAAGCAGAGAGGAUUCGUGGAUGAAUCGGCAUUCCUAGCCACUGAGGCAACAGAGGAUUAUGAAUCAACCCAGCCCAUGGUCCAAUUACACCAAGAGUCAUUCAGAGCUGUGCGACCUUCCGUGGGCGCCCUAGAGGCAUCGCAAGCAGACGAGGAUUACGCCAAACCACAACCGGUCACUGAAUCCCGUUCGCCUACUGUGGACGAUUUCACUCGCAAAUCCGAACUAGUGACCCCUCCGAUUGUGCUUUCUGAUGUCGAUCCCCCUAGUCGACUUGUCAAGUCCACCUCAAAACGUGCCACUCUUCGCGAGCCGCACGUCUCUUCCGUUUAUCUCUCCGAUGCCAUCGGGAUGGUUCGGUUUCGUAGUACUCGCAAGAGCAACCUCCGCCACACCGCCACGUUGGCCGAAUUCGAAGGAUCGCAACCCGGGGCAAUAAAAAUGCUACAGUCGCUCGAAAAUACCACCGGCUUAGUCCGUCGUGCGAGUCAGUGUUUCCCCUCUGAAACUCCAGAUAAUCGACAGACCGUUCCGCUGCGCCGCACAGCCGCCUCGAUAAUGUCAAAGAGGUCCGGCAAAUCCCACGUUUUGCGCAUACCAAGUCCAGUGAAACUACCGGACAGUAUUUUAAGCGAUGAUCCUUCGCAAUUAAAUGGUUCUCCAGAUCGGUCCAUGUCGAAGGAACUUAUUGUGAAUCUUGAAGCGGUUCCUACUGAUUCUUAUCAAUUUGUGUCCAGUGCAGUCAAUGAACAGCCACCAUCUGGUUUCAAACCUGAGGAAGCUCCGUCACGUGAUAAAGGUCUCUCAGAAUCCCGGUCCGCUAUCACAUUGGCUGGAUUCGAAGAGUCCCCUGAUGGUCCUGGUGAUAAACUGUCAAAUGCUUCUACCGGUAGACAACUACUGCCUUUUUCCGUCUCCGUUCCCGUUGUUGACUUCUCCUCGUUCUCCGAUUACGUUGAGGAUCAUCACAACAGUAGUCGUUCAAAGCCCGUCCCCACAAGAACUUCGCUGCCGGCCCCAUCGAGAAAACGCAUUGUGGACGAACCCAAGAAAUCCUCACGUAUGUCACUGCAGCCAUCCGGCCAAUCAAUCGCUAAUGUGGUCGUCAGACCAAAACGGUCUUGUCGCACAAAGCCACUGACGAGGGACACCACUUCAGCCCCACUUCAGCCUUUGCGUCGAUCUCGGCGAUCCACUGUCAGACCCCCGACUUAUUCAACUGGAUCAUCGGACUCUUCUCCUGAGCCACUACCCAUGGUCCGGAAAACGUUGAACCGCGCGAGGCGCAGCACAGUUUCCAAACCGGACGACGGGCUUGCGGCAAAACGACGAACUACAAGCCGUUUGCGGCGCAUUUCCUCUUCAUCUGAGUUAUCCAACCGUUCGGACACUCGCAAUCCGGAAAGCAGCCGGAUCUUAUUGAAGCGUUGUGAUUCACACAGCGAGAAAUCCCACGACAUCCCUAUGCGCUUGCUUUUCUCCGCAGUCGAUUCUGGCCUUUUUACCCAGCUUCUUGCCCGCAUGGGCGCAGUGGAGACAAACGACUACAUGAUGGCCUCGCACCUGAUCACAUCGAACGAGUGGAAGCGAACGCUAAAGAUGCUCCACGCCAGAGCACGAGGCAUCCCAAUAGUCUCGGUGGAUUGGCUUGUAGCUUGCAAGCGUGUCCGCAGAGCACCGUAUCCAGAUCCUACCCAAUUUCUCUUAACCUCACCCCCCUUUGGCGCUUUCCGUCGCAGUUCCACCAAGUCGAAUCAGCGGUCUUCCCACAUCAGCUCGGAUGAAGAAGGUUUCUUGCAAGGUUGGUCUUUUCGGAGCACCCCUACCGUGUUGCCGACCCCUACCGACCUCGCUCGCUUGACCGAUCUAGCCGGUGGACAUUGGAUGACGGAUCGCGAGCUGUCUGACGCUGUCUCCAACUUGACUCAUCGCACAGUGGUCAUUGUCGCUGAUGACGAGUUCAAAAGUCUCCGUUCCGGGCAAGGAGCUCGCAACCUAAAACUGAGCCGCGUUUUGGCGACGGCUGUGAAGAGUUUACCCUGUGUCCCUGUCGAUUGGUUUCUCAACACAUUAAUGCUUCGGAAGACACCAUCCUGGCCUGUGAAACUGUAAUCACCCCGAGAUCCAUUGUUUGUGGACGCAAUUCCUCCGACGUCGCUGCUCACAUUCCUCGCCACCUGUCUCCUCUCCGAUUCACCAUGUGCCUGUGCUUGUGUUUCAUGGACUUCCCUCGCAUUUGGUGCACCUUUUAUUCCGAGUUACCAUCGCUCAUCACGUUUUUCACACACUGCACUUGAAUCUCAGGAACAGUCUUUUAUUACAAUGACAUGACCAAUGCCACAGCUGUGUACAUCUUAUAAACAAUGAUCAAUGUUGUAUACAUUAGAGUUCCUUUGU